UCCGCGCGGGGGCGCGCGCGCGGGCACGGAAUCCCUCCCCGGGGGGCUGUUGGCGGCGGGAGCGGGCGCUGGGGUCCUGGUUCCUAGAGCAGUCCCGGCUGCUAGGCCGUCACCUCCGUUGGCGGAGACGCACACGAAGGACCUCGUGGCUCAGCCGCAGGAGACGCAGGGCCCUCUGCCGUCGAACAGAGCCUCUGGGCUCCCACAGUCUGGCCUGGGAGGAAGAGGAAGAAGGGAAAGAACUACCCAUCUGCCAGAGGGCUGAAGGUGGCCUGAGGGCCAGGCUUCUCAGACCCAGGAUGCCCCUACCUGAGCCCAAUGAGCAGGAGAGUGAGCGUGUGAAAGCUGGCCAAGAGCCAUCUCUUGGAGCCAGGAAACCCCAAGAGUCCUCCAAUCUGGUCCUGGCCAAAGAUAAAGGGGGAUCCAAACCAACGGGUGCCGUGUCCCUGGAGAUGCCGGGCCCUGCCACCCAAUCCAGCAACACCCCCCAGACUUUGCCAGCCAAGAAGCAGGGGCGGAUAAUUCAUCGGAAGCGUAGCAGAGUAGAUUCAGCUGCUCCCCAGCCCCUGGAGUUCCUGAAGACCCCAUAUGGGGGCCGCCUUCUAGUGUACAAAUCAUACCUGUACAAGCAAGAAAAGGCUGUGGGGGACAAGGUGUACUGGAAGUGCCGCAAGCACUCAGAGCUCAGCUGCCGGGGCCGGGCCAUCACCCGUGGCUUCCGAGUCACGGUGAUGCGGGACCAUUGUCACCCACCUGAUAAGGAGGGCCUGAAGUUUCGGCGCCAGAAGAAGAAGCUGCCUGACUCAGAUCUGCCUGAAGGCUCUGAAGGCCAAGAAGAUGGGGUGAGCCUAUGGCUGUACCCUGUAGAACCAGAGCCUGCCCCUCAGCCAAUCCCUGACCCAGAGGAGGACCAGGGGUACCGAUCCCUGGCACUGCAGAGCUUGCCUCCCAAGAAACGUCCUACCCCAGGAGUGGUGCGGUAUCGGCCCCUUGAGUUCCUGAAGACCUGCUAUGGGGGCACUUUCCUGGUUCACCAGUCCUUCCUCUAUAAGCGGGAGAAGACUGUGGGGAGCAAGGUGUACGGGACCUGCCGGGAGCAUGCGGUCAAUGGCUGUCGCAGCCGAGCCAUCACCCAGGGCCAGCGAGUGACGGUGAUGCGCAGGCACUGCCACUCACCUGACAUGGAAGGCCUGCAGGCCCGGCGACAGCAGGAGAAGACCAUAAAGAAGAUACAGGCAAGACGAAUUGGUGCUGGGGACCUGGAGGACUGCGAUGACAUCGAAGACUCACUGCUCCAAGGGGUGGACAGCCUGUUCUACCGCAGGGCGAAGGGCACACUGACUCUCAGUAGGUCCAAGUCCAAGUCCAAGUCCAGGUCCAGGUCCAGGUCCAAGUCCAAGAAACCCCCCGAGGACGACCAGGACGUGGACCCCCGAGGUCCAGAGUUCCUGAGGACCCCUCUCGGGGGCAACUUCCUGGUAUAUGAGUCCUUCCUCUACAGGAGGGAGAAAGCGGCUGGGGAAAAGGUGUACUGGACCUGCCGGGACCAGGCACGAAUGGGCUGUCGCAGCCGAGCCAUCACUCAGGGCCGGCAGGUGACUGUGAUGCGGAGCCACUGUCAUCCACCUGACCUGUUAGGACUGGAGACGAUGAGGCAGCGGGAGAAACGCCCCGGCCCCACUCAGUGGGAUGGCCCAGAAGGGCCUGAGUUCCUGAAGACCCCUCUCGGGGGCAGCUUCCUGGUGUACGAGUCCUUCCUCUACAGGCGGGAGAAAGCGACUGGCGACAAAAUCUACUGGACUUGCCGGGACCAGGCGCGCAUGGGCUGUCGCAGCGAGCCAUCACCCAGGUGCCAGCGGGUGAUGGUCAUGCGUAGGCACUGCCACCCACCUGACAUGGGUGGCCUGGAAGCCCUGCGGCAGCGGGAGAACUUCCCUAACCUGACCAACUGGGAAGGCCCAGGACAGCUGGUGGACAGGGUCAUGACAGGCCCCCAGCAGGGUACCUCCUCUGUCUGGGAGGACCCCAGUGGGCAUGGAGUUUGUGGUCUGGGAUGGCCUCCAGCAGAGCCAGCCGAGCUCCAGGGGCACUGGCGCGCUGCAGAGGAAAGAAAGUGGAUCCUCCUGGGCCAGCUACUGCUGCCAGGGCCUGGCUCACAGCCUGGUUCUGCCCUGCAGAGCCUUGCACAGCCGCUGGAGUUCCUGCAGACGCCCCUUGGAGGUCGGUUCCUGGUGUACGAGUCCUUCCUGUACAGGAAGGAGAAGGCGGCUGGGGAGAAGGUGUACUGGAUGUGCCGGGACCAGGCUCGGCUGGGCUGUCGCAGCAGAGCCAUCACCCAGGGCCGGCGGGUUAUGGUGAUGCGGAGCCACUGCCACCCACCUGACCUGGAUGGUCUGGAGGCCCUGCGGCAGCGAGAGCACGAGCGGCUCCCCCGUGUAGCCAAGAAGAAAGAAGAAAAGUAUGUACUGAGUGACCAGGAACUUUGGGCCUAA